AUGCCUACCUCCUACCUGGAGCGAUUCCUACCUCCUAGCAGCAGCGAUGCCUACCUCCUACCUGCAGCGAUGCCUGGAUACCAGCAAAUCGACGCCCAAAUUGACGCCCAAAUUGACGCUCAAAACGACAUCAAACGUCGACUAAUUGCACCAAGUCGACACCUAAAUCAGCUGCAAAUCUACACCCAAAUCUACGCUCAAAUCUACGCUCAAAUCUACGCUCAAAUCUACGCCCAAAUCGAUGACUGGCGGUGCACUUCAUCAACGUCAAUUAAGCUCCAAAUAGAUACCAGUUUGAAGACGCCAAAAGACGGCUUUAGACGCCAAAAGAUGAAUUGGCGUAUUAACCUUUCGCGACGACGUCCUUUGGCAAAGAGGCGCACUGGCUCCAUUUCGGUACGCCCCGGCAUCGGUCUACAGGUAAGCAAAAGUCUUGGGGCAUCUGGGGCAUCUGGGGCAUCUCGGGCGCCCAGGUGUCCCAAGACGACAUGCCAUUUUUUUCUGAUGACUGGGAUUGGCAUAGCCGGCCAACUGCCUUACAUAAAAAGUCUUCUGAGCGGAUACCACAACCGCGAAGUCAGUACCCAGCGUAUUUCUCUACAUUGGCAGUUGGACAAAGAAUACCACGAAACAUGGGUAAAGCAUUGGAUGGACGAGCUUUUGAAGCAAGAUGAUGAACACAAAAUCCUCGAUAUAUCACAAUAUGUACCGGGGGAGCAACGUAGACCGAUACAGUAUGGGAAACGCCUCAGUAAGUUCUAUAAGUCAUUCGACGUUCAACAUCUUGUGAAACACUUGGUGAAGGAGCAGAGUGGACGUAUAAUUGUUUCAAUCUGCACGGACUCAAAAACUAAGGACAAAGUCCGUAAAACUGUAGGAGAACUCCUCAACAAAAACAUUCGGCUCAUUGAGCUAGACUUUUACCCGGCUGAACAAAAUUCGGCGUCGCCAGAGAGAGAUUUAUAG